AUGGUCGAGCUCAUCAAGCGCCGAGAAAUUCGGUCCAACGUGCUGCUUCCAUUCGGCCGCCGCGCCAUGGCGUCGCGCAGCAACGGCAGCAGCGUCGACGCCGGACGUACCCUGAAGAGGAGGAAGACGCGCAAAGGAACGCGGAGCUGCUGGGCAUGCAAACGGCGUAAGGUGAAAUGCACAUAUGCAAGUCCCACUGACGACGUGUGUAUCGGGUGCGCCCGGCGCUGCUUGGAUUGCUUGAGCCAGGAGUUUCCAGAGCAGGACCCCGGGCCGUCAUCCAAAAGCCGGCUGGUGGGAGACCGCAUCGGCCGGCUGGAGUCCAUGCUCCAGCAGCUGGCCGAGCAAGUAGGUGGUCGUGUUGCUUCUCCCAGUCCACCGUCAACCCCGGCCAGCAUCAGCAUAUCACUGCCACCCACAAUGACGGGCUCAAAGCACCGAACGCUAUCGCAAACAUUGCUCGCGGCCUACCCGUCACCCCGGGACCUGCUUAAUAUCGGAAAUGCGGGCGAAAAGAUGGUGCUCUACUUGCCCCUGGCACUUGUGUCGCCAUCGCAUCUGCUCGAAAAGCGGGUGGCACUCGAGUGGGAAAAGCUAUGGGGAGCACAACAACAACAACAACAGUAUACACCAGAAACACAUCCGGUCCUCAUUGCCCGACAAAUGCUCCUGCUUGCUAGCGUUCUUCAGCACCUGCCUGCUGCGCAAUCUGCAAGGAGCAACAAUAGCUACCGGCAACUGGGAGAGUUGUCCCGAACGCCGCGAGCGCUGGCGAGACGGUUAGCAGAGGCGGCAAUGACUUUGGUGACAGCGCACGAUAGGUUUACCACCAACACUCUCGAGGGCUUGGAAAGUCUGUGGCUUGAGGCCGUGUAUCACGAACACAACGGCAGCCUCCGCCGGUCCUGGUUGGCAUGUCGGAGGGCCAUUUCCGCAAUACACCUCAUGGGAUUUCAUGGGCGCCGGCAUACUCCGAUGGUACCUCCGAGAACGAUACUACAGCAGCCGGAUGGCGAGACGGCAGACUUGCAGCAGAUGUGGUUCCGCCUCGUGUACAGCGAGCUCGCAUUAUGCUUGGCGUUAGAGAUGCCGCCCUCAGCCUCUUGCCCGAAUGAAACUUUUACGUUCGUGGCGGACUCUGUCACAACAGAGGACAAUACAACAGAUACAAGCAAGCUUCACAGGCGACACGCUGCGAUAUCUGGUCUUUUGCUCAGACGGAGUGCGCAUGAUCCCACCUUCGAAGACUUAGACGCCGCGCAUCAGAUCCGUACCGAGUUGGAAGAAGCCGCGAGUGCGAUGCCGAGCGGAUGGUGGCAUACGCCCAGCCUAGACAAAUAUGCAAACGACGAGGCGGACGACGAGAAGCAUCUCUUCGGAACAAUAGUGAAGCUCAGGGCGCAGAUAUUCCAUUCACACCUUCUCCUGCUUGCUUAUCUCCCAUUCAUGCUGCAGGCAACAUGCGGUGAGGCCACCAUUACGGAUAACUCGGCCAAAAGGAAUCGUCAACACCACAAACACAACAUCGGUAGUAGUCGCGAUAUCUGCGUCGAAGCCAGCCGCAAGCUACUGAGCCGCUUCAUCCAUCUUCGGUCCUGCGAGCGCACCGCAGGCUACUUCCAGCUCCUAGACCACUACGCUUGGCCGGCCGCCGUGACCUUACUGCUCGCUCAUCUUCUUGACGGCCGCCAAACGAUGCCGGCGUCGUCCCUGGAAGGUCCCGACCAUCAGCAGCACCUGGCGGAUCGCGCCAUGGUGUCCGAGGCGAUGGAGAGAAUGCGGCUGUCGGGAGACGAGAACGAAGAUGAUGGAGACGAGGACAUGGACUAUUACGCGGGUUCUGCCGCAAAAAGCGGUACAGAAGACGUGUUGGCCCGGUUGCUGGCGCUGGAGGCCAGUGGUGACGCCGUCGUUGUGACGUACCGUAAGUCCGGCGGAGCAUUCUUGGGGAGCAACACCGCAGUUCUUGUAGAGGAAGACCAAGACGCUCUUGUGCUGCUCAUCCCGUUCGUUGGCCUUGUCUCCAUCGCACCACGGGUUCAGCACGGGAGCGCUGAAAGGGAGGGCUGUUCGCUCCUCUUUGGAGCUAUGGGCUGCUCUCCCAUCGUUCUCGACGAUGAAGCGGGACCGCAGGGCUCUGAUUCUGACGAGGAUGGAGAGCAGGAGGAGGAUGAUGAUGAGGCAACCCUGACGAGAGCCAUACAGCUGAGGCGUAGUGCUAAUUGGCCAAUUGCGCCUUAUAUCAGGUUUACGCUGCGGCCGGUCUAG